AUGUUUGGUCACAAUUUUAACCAGUAUAUUGUUUCUAUUACCAGAGAUACGUUUUAUAUACUUCUUAUAGCCGGAUUUUAUAAAGUUUACUCUCUGGGAUAUAAGAUGAUUACAGACGAGAAACAAUUGGGUUUUCAAGCAGUACUUAAUAAUAAUUACAAUUAUUUUAUAGUACUUGUAGCUACAAGUAUGGUUUUACUGCAUUAUAAUGAAAAUCCAUUCAGCAUGAACUUAGUCACAAUGUUCAUCGCCCAUUUUAUUGUAAAGUUUAGCAACACUGAAAAGUCAUCUAUCACUUACGGAGUUGGAAUGGCAUGUAGUUUCUUUGAGGGAUACUUAGCCCAAAUCAUUCCAAGUGACGGAGCUGAUUUUGUGGGAUUUCAAGAAAAUAUAGAGAAGUAUCAAAACAGGGAACGGGUUGUCUUUCCAGUCCAAAAACUUUUUAUAAUAAUAACGAAGUCACUCUACUGUCCACCAAACCUUAAGGGUUUUAAUAGGAAGAAAUUUCCUUAUUUGGAAGCAUGUCAGUCUUUUGAAGAUGUUAAGAAAGAUGUUGCCGGUGUGAAGAACAGGAUUUACAGAAAUAGUGCAUACAAAAUACAUAGGAAGGAAGGCCAACCAGUAUAUAUUGCUGCUGAGUGUGCCACACCACUACACACUUUGCAUAGAGUCUUAAAGAAUUGUUCUGUGUAUGGAGAGCUUUGUGACAUAAAUGUGGAUCAGGUGGUGGAAGACUUUUGCACUACCCUUAACACUGUCAUUAGAAAGAAUCCCGAGUGUCAGGGCAAAUGUCAACUUGUAUACUUUGAUGAUACCAAUCCAAAUGUUAACUUGGCUGACGUUCUUCUGCAAGAAAUAGAGAAAAUUGAACCAGACUUUGAAAGUGUUAUUAGUAGGUAG